UGUAGAACUAAACAGUUUUGGAACUGGUGAUUCGGUGUAAGGAUACGAAAGAAUAUUAAUUUUGACAAUAAAUAAUAUAUGUCUAACGAGAUUUAAUUGAAAUGUGUCCAUUUAAAAUAAGUCAUUGAACAUAAUGCGAAGUAAGACGUAUUGUUACACAUAAAACGAACGGAGUUAGUAUUGUGAAUAUUUUGCUAACGCGAAACUGACAUACAACAAUUGAAAAUAAUAUUAGAAUAAUGGUUUAAUAAAAUAAUUAUGGAAGAGGCCAUAGAGCAAUUAAAGAAAUAGCUCAAGAGAAGUAUUGUGUUAACCACAUGUGAAUUUAAAAUGCAUAGUGUGAUGGUUUUAAAUAAUUAGUUCAAUGAAAAUACAACAAAAACGAUGGAAAAUUUUACAAUAUUUGAUGACGAAAACAUUACAAAUAGAACAGUUGAUGCAGAAACCACCUCACACGAGAUAAUCAUAGUGUGUACGUUAAUAUUCAUCUUAGUGGGGACAGUCGGCAUAGGCGGGAACAUGCUGGUCAUGUUAUCAGUGAUGUGUAACCGAAAAAUGCGGAGCUCGAUGACCAACCUCCUGAUCAUGAACCUAGCAUUCGCUGACCUUUUAAUUAUGGUAUUUGGGAUACCGGAAAUCGUGGUGUUCAUGCGGAACACUGGCUGGUCCCUGGGGCUAGUCACGUGCAAGAUCAACCGCUACGUCCUCGUGGCGGCACUUUAUGGCUCCAUACUGACGCUGGUUGCUUUGUCUGUUGAAAGAUAUAUCGCAAUCAUCCAUCCGAUCAAGGCUCAUAUCUUCUGCAACAAGCGGAGGCUGGUCGCUGUGCUGGGUAGCAUCUGGCCCGUUGCGACGGCAGCCGCAUUGCCUACGGCCCUCUUCAAUACGAUAAACAAAAGCGGACCUAGAAACCACAUACUUUUCUGCAUGCUACGCUUUCCAGUCCACCACGACACUAUUUUCCUCGUGUUCAAGUACACAGAAUCGAUUGUGUUUUAUUUCACACCUUUGUGUUUGCAAAUAAUUUUGUACGCGUGCAUAUCGAAGCACUUGUUCGUCGGAACCGACCGAUUGUAUCAUCGCGUUCAAGUUCGAGACCUCAAUGGCUUAUCAGUUGAGCGCUUGUCCGAAGCUCUACGCGCAAGACGUGGUGUGGUCAAGAUGCUUGUACUCAGCGUAUUCGUUUAUUUUCUGAGUUAUUCUCCUCAUCAAGUGUUACUAAUAUGGAAUACCGUCUCUCCGAAAACCUUUCACGAAAACUGGUCCUAUCUGGUUUUCACUAUGAUUAUCGCGUAUAUAAAUUCGGCAGUCAAUCCUAUCCUUUACAGUAUCUUCAGUCAAAACUUCAGGAACUGCUAUAAACAGUUCGUUUUGUGCUUACUUGGUAACCGGAAACCAGUCAGGAAGUUGCGCAAUCAGCCACCAUCACAACUGACACACGGAUCGCCUCGGCUUUGGAGGAUAAUGAGUACAACAGCAUCGACGAAUGUUUAAUCAACGCCAAACUAAUUGAAGCAAUUUUGUGAAAUAUUUCGAUGUCGUGGACGUUGGGUUUUGUCUGGAAACACAUCCAUUGUAAAAGCCAUGUGAUUUAUUUUGAUGAGGAAGAGAUUGCUGGAAAAUGCCAGUGUUGCAAAUAAUAUUGUCACGCAUAUCGACAUUGCAUCUGUUAUGGUGACUGACCGGUUUUAAUUGAAUAUUUACGGUGCAUAGACGUUUUUUAUGGUGUCUACAUGGUCUUUUGCACAUUGCGACUCACUUUUCGACAUUUUAUUUACGUUUUCAAUCAUUUAAAACUAUUUUAUUGCUGCUGGUCUUAUUAAAAAAUAGUACAAUUUUGCAACUUUGUUUCGAACAUCUUCAUCUGCCCUUUUAUAGUGUGUUCAUGUUUACAUACAGUUUGGUUAAUUCCAUAUUUUAAAAAAGUGGGUCUGUCAGAAAAACAACUCUAAAUAGCUCAUAAAAUAAAAAGCAUUUGUCUUUGAAAAUAAACAGGUUAUACCGUGUUGUUGUUACUUGUAAGAUUGCAUUUAAAAUGACAUCUUAAUUGGGUUUUUGACAGACAGAACAACAUUUUGUCCAAACAUAAGGGUCUAAAAUAAAUGUAAGCAUGAAACAUUGUAAGUGUUCCAUAUUCACACAGUUAUUAAUUGUUAAAACAGUUUUUGUUAAAAAAAGCAUUUCAACAUUGACAUAACAAAGUCCACUCCAUUGUGGUCACUGAGACUGAAACGUUUUACAAUACAGCAAUAAGAGAAUGUCAUAUACGAAGAUUGCAAGUUCAACAUUUACUGUUAAUUAAGACAUAUUUUUUCAUGAAUAUAAUUAGUUCAUAUUAUCCAUUCGAUUAGCUAUUUUAACAAAUACAAAUUGUUAUAUCAUUUUUAAAUAUGAAUUAUCAUAUAUAUUAUG